AUGGCUCGUUCGGAUGAUGUUUACACAGAUGUCCCAGGAACUGUAUACCUGGUCGACGCCUCCGCAACUUUAACGGGUGCUGCCCAUGCAGGGCAGGAUAUUCUUCUGAUUCCGCAGCCUUCAUCCUCCCCUGCUGAUCCUCUGAACUGGUCUAGAAGCAAGAAAUACUGGUCUCUCUUUCUUAUAUCUGCCUAUGCGUGCGUUAACUCCUUUGGCGAAAACAAUUGGGGUGCAGCAUGGACAACCAUAGCCGAAGAGACUGGAGUUACCCUGGAGAACAUGAACGGGGGCUCUGCCCUCAACUACCUCUUGCUUGGAUUCUUCAAUGUGAUCUGGAUCCCCACGGCAAUGAAGCUCGGACGAAAGAUUGUUUACAUUCUGAGUUUGCUCUUCGUUCUCGGCAGUGGUAUUUGGGGUGCAUACUUCGAAGGCACAGCCCAAUACUACGCUAUGCUUGCUAUCGGUGGCAUUGGAACGGCCGCAUAUCAAGCUCUUAUUCAAUUAACGUUUUGCAUUGAGCCAAUGGUGGCCAUCUACAUUUUCUUCCAGCAGCUGGGCUCUAUCUUGGGCCUGAUCCUGGGAGGGUACAUCACUGAUGGUAUCGGCUGGAGGUGGAGCCAGCCUAUUGUUGCGAUUGCAUGCGGGAUUUUGAUCUUACUAUUCAUCUUCACGUUCGAUGAUACAAUGUUCCCGAGAUACCGAUUCGGGAAUAGAGGCCCUUCAGCUGCGACGACUAAGACUUGCACCACACAGGGUGACGCACAAGUCACGUCUGAAAUGGAUCAGAAGCUCGAACAGUCUACUUCUAUCGCUGUAAGCCAUGGCACUGGUGAAGUCGACAUCCCCCCUCGGACCUAUCGCCAGAAAGUCGCCCUGAUCCACUACCUUGAAGAUGACCAGACGACUUGGUACCAGUACUUCCGGCGGCCCUUCUACCUCUUUGCGUUUCCAAACAUUGUGCUGGCUGGCAUUCAAUUCGCUUUUGGCUGUACAGCCGGUAUCGUCUCUUUCAACACCAUCUCGGAGAUCAUGACGGAGCCACCCUACAAUUGGAGUGCAGGGUCAGUAGGCCUACUGUUCCUAGCUGCUCUCGUCGGUAACUUCAUCGGCAUGGGAAUCGGCUCCUUCUCAGACUGGAUCGUCCUAUUCCUAGCCCGUCGGAACAAAGGCUACAAAGAACCCGAGAUGCGUCUCUGGGCCUAUAUCCUCCCGUUCAUUCUCGGCGCUAUAGGCUACUUCACCUACGGCUGGGGCGCCACAGCCGGUGACCACUGGAUCUCGAUCGCCGUCGGGCUCUGCUGCAUGAUCGCACAGCAAGUCUCUGCGACGAGUAUCGCGACCGCAUAUGCAAUGGAGUGCUUCGACCGGAUCUCUGGAGAACUCGUCAUCGUCCUCGCCAUUUGUUCAUCCUGCAUCAACUUCGCCAUUUCCUUCUCCGUGCAGCAUUUCAUCGACGCGACGAAUUACGGCUGGACCUUUACAUUCUUUGGCAUCUGGGUGCUUCUUUCCAUGCUUAUGGCUGGGCCGAUGUUGAUUUGGGGCAAGAGCUGGAGACGGAGAUGUAAGGGACGUUAUGAGAAAUUCCUUGCUGAGUCUGGACGCUCGGUUUCGUAG